CAAGGGCAGGUACCGAAGCAAAAACCAUCGCGAGGAUCUCACUACGACAAGGGAGCUCCAGAUUACGUUUUUAUUUAUUUCUUAGGCUACUUCGCCUCCACUGGACAUAGCUGCAAGAUGAGAUCACGUGUAACAUUCCCUGGCGGUCACACCGAAAACGUAUUAGCGCAAGAUAGUUCUAGGCCCAUGUGGCCCAAGCGACGUCAUGGAGAGUCAGGUCGAAGUGUCUAAGCGCGUCUCGCCAACCCGCAGUGUGCUUUCUGCCCGACCAUUUUGCAUUUUGGCCAAAACAACAAACUGGGGGGCAGCACUAUCGACAGCACCAUGGACUCCACAGAUCACUUUGAAGGACUUUCCAAAGCAAUCGCGCGGACAAUCGAAGAGCACAUCUCAAAGUUAAAGGACAGUACCGGAUGGCCUCAAGAAUUCAAACAUCCGAUCUUGCGCGUAGAAGCUUUUUUGGAGGACCAGGGCCCGGACCAAGACCAGGAGGACAACCCCUUAAGACCUUUUCAAGUCGCUUCGAGUAAGAUUGAUCUAGCCCCCAUUUUUCGGGCCAGACGAACACGACGCGCCUUGGACCAACAGCCAGACGAAGAAGUAUCUUCUAGGAGCAGCGAUGAGUCUGAGCCAGGGAGCCCGCACCGCAGAGGUGUCGGCAGACUUCGUGUUGCCAACAUGCAUAUGAUCGAGGAGGACGUUACUGAGCACCAGCGACAAAUAGCCACCGAUACGCGGAGUUUUCCCAAGCGUCGGAAAGUAGCAUCUGACAAGUUCGUAUUCCGACCCUCAACACUCGAUAAGCUCAUAAUAGGCAUCUGGGAACAACUCCAUGGCACGCUCGACUUGAAUCCUCAAAUCAUCUCUGAACAAUACGCGAUUACUGUACCAGUCAGCUCGAACGUAUCUAUACCAAAUGAUAAUACAGCAGUUGAGAUACGUAGCACAGGGCCAGCGUUACAAAACGAUGCAUUUCACAGGAUGAAUACGCUCUGCCGAAAAGUUACUCAAGCGAGUCGAGUCUGCCGUUCCAUUGAGAUCGUGGUUCAGGCCAAAUGGAUCGAGCUCUUCGAAGAUAAAAUCCAAAUGUCUAUCGCCACUAUGCCGCACAUCUCAAAGACAAAACACCACAAGCAAGCCUUCGUCGAAGCAUGCCAGGACUUUGGCUGGUCGGAGAAAGAACUACGGAACAAGAUGGCGAUAUGGCGUGGCUAUAAGGAGGUAAAGGAUGCAGCGGGCUGGGUAGCCCUGAUCUUCGCUGGCAUGGGCAUCUACCGCUUCUGCAAGUACCGCGUCGAGUUUACAAAGGAAGCAAUGAAGCGCCUGCGAAAUCUACGACCCCAAUUCGAGGUUGCGGCAGACACUUUACAUCCACAUUGGAGGGGGCUUCUAACAAUCAUCGGGGACUCUUCUAAGCUGCAGUUCGCAGGUCACCCGCAUGACUGGGUGGUCUCAGAAGACGGAGCUCUGCCAGUACCUUUACGUUCUACCUACCUCGACAGGGAGUCUUACUUUGAAUUUGAGCAGCUCGAGGAGUCUGUCAUCGACGAACGCGAGUGGAGAGGCGAGGACCCCCGCUGGGUCCCGCAAGCCAACGCAGUUGUCCAGGCCAACGGCCCGGGCAUCUACGUCUGCGCUGUCUGCGAUCAGAAUCAGUCAGACGAGCCGGCCUUAAACUCCUGCUAUUGCUUCCCAAACUUGUUCGGAUGCGUCAAACGGAAACCGCCGCCUGUCCAAAUAUAUCGUACCAACAAAGGCCAGAACAAUGGCUUACUUGCCCUCGCACCUUUCGAGCGCGGAUCGGGAAUAGGAGAGUUCGUUGGGCUCAUCACCAAGGGCGUGCGUCACGUCGAUGUGAUGGACAGCGCGACAGCGACAACCAGCUAUCAGAUCUGGCAAGGCAGACAGGGCAACUUCACUCGUUUCAUCAACCACAGCUGCAAAGCCAACGCCCAGUUCUCACAGUUCACUUGGUUGGAUACCCAGCAUGUCAUAUUGGUGAGCAAGGGAAUUGAAGCGGGUGUCGAGAUAUCUGUCGACUAUGGCGACCGCUACUGGGCAGGCCUGGAUAAGUCGUGCCUUUGUGGUGAAUCAUGCUGCAGAUAUAGGCGAGAUCGUAGGCGGUAAUAGAUCAGAACGGGCGCCAGCGAUAUUAUUCGAAACAGCAAUCAAAGGUCCAGAUAUUCAUAUUUGAUCGUAAUUAUAGCUCCUCAUUGCUCCUCGUAGACAUGCAGACUCAUAAUAUCUCUGUGGCUGUUGCAUGCGCAAGACAGUCCAGCACGCCAUCAGGAUAGUUGGCAAGCAGAAUCCAAGCCAAAGGCAAUCUGUUUGCAGUAUCUACGCCACUGGGUCUUGUCAAUGAUCUGGGCUAUGUUUUUCCUUUGAAUCAUCAUCAAUCAUAUGUUCAGCCCACAUACACACGGUCACCUAACGUUUGUCUGCUUCCAGGUAGAUCAGCAUCCAGAUAUGCGUCCAACUCCGUGGCAAUUCUGCAAAUGGUAAAGAGUCGAGUUUACAAAAACUUUUUGUUUUUGAAGACU